AUGACUACCGUCACCUCGUCUUCUGCGGGGCUCUCGCUCUCCGCAGAGCGACCCAAGAACAUCGAAACACAGCAUGAAGACAUGAUCCACGAUGCGCAGCUCGACUUCUACGGUAAGCGCCUCGCCACCUGCUCUUCGGAUCGCAGCGUCAAGGUGUUUGAUAUCGUCAACGGCACCCCUUCCACCAAUGCAGAGACCCUUCACGGUCACCAGGGUCCAGUCUGGCAGGUCGCCUGGGCGCAUCCCACCUUUGGCGACAUUCUUGCCAGCUGCUCUUAUGAUGGAAAGGUGAUCAUUUGGAAGGACAACGGACCCAGUGCGGGCAGCGCUGCUUCGGCGCCGUACGGCUCGCAAUCCGCAUACGGAGCUCCCGCAUCUUCAGCAGGUGGCUGGACCAAGAUCAAGGAGCACACCUUGCACACCGCAUCCGUCAACUCGAUCUCGUGGGCUCCUCACGAGCUCGGCUCGAUCCUUGCCUGCGCCUCGUCCGAUGGCAACGUCUCGGUCCUCACUUUCAACAACGACGGCACUUGGGCUGUCGAUCUGGUAGCGGCGCACCCUGUUGGCUGCAACGCUGUGUCGUGGGCUCCAGCUGUGAUCCCAGGCUCGCUCAUUUCGGCGCAAUCCACCGGACCCAACGCAGCUGCGUCCAACGGUGAGGCCAAGCUGGUGAAGCGCUUCGCCUCGGCUGGCUGCGACAACACGGUCAAGAUCUGGCAGUUCAGCGAAGAGGCCAACCGCUUUGUCGAGGCAGAAUCGCUGCAGGGUCACUCGGACUGGGUGCGCGAUGUCGCCUUUGCUCCCAACGUCGGCCUCCCCCGCAGCUACCUCGCGACCGCUUCGCAGGACCGCACAGUGUUGAUCUGGACCCAGGAUUCGCCCACCGCAGCUUGGUCAAAGACCGCCUUGAAUCCGUCGUCGGGCGCUGCUGCUGGCGGCAACAAGUUCCCGGACACGGUUUGGAGGGUAAGCUGGAGCGUCAGCGGCAACGUGCUGGCGGUGAGCUGCGGCGAUGGCAAGAUCACGCUGUGGAAGGAGAACCUCAAGGGGGCUUGGGAGUGUGUUAGCGAGAUGGACUCGUAA